UUACGCCGAUUGUUAACCCAUGUUACGCGAGAGAGCUUUUAACGCAACUUUGUUGCCGCAACGGUCGGCCACGGCAUGUUACACGAGACGAUUUUUAUCGCAGCACUGUAAUUUUGGUCUAUAAUGUUGAGGGUCUUUUAAUCACUUUCAAAAACCUGCAGCAUAUUGCCGCAACGAAAUGUUACGUUAAAAGUUGCCCUGAGCACGAUGUUGCACGACAUCGAUUUUCAACGCAACAAUGUUGGGUUAAAAAUCGUCUCGUGUAACAUACCGUUGCCGACUGUUGCCGCAACAAUGUUGCGCUAAAACUUGUCUCGUGUAACAUGGAUGAAAAAUCAGCGUUUAAUAAUGGCUGGUGUAACAUCACCUUUAAACAAAUGUCCUUAUUAUCUUGGGUACGCCAGGAACACCCAGAUACGGUCCUGUGGACUACACUGGAGUACUUUAUAUUCAGGGCAGAGACGCCUCAGACUACGUUGGCGUGGUUUUUGGCUAUCAAUCAAACCGCAAGUUUUAUGUGGUGAUGUGGAGAAGAGAAAACAGCAACUUCCAGGAAUUGAAUGAUAGGGCAGGAAUUAAAGGCGUUCAGCUGAAGCUUGUCGAUUCCAACACGGGACCUGGGUCCACGUUAGCCCAAGCACUAUGGCACUCUGGGGACACUACCAACCAGGUUAAGCUCUUAUGGCAGGAUCCCAAUAUGGAGGGCUGGAACUAUCAGACUUCUUACGCAUUUCAUGUCACUCACAGACCUUCCAUAGGACUUAUCAGGUAUGAAAUAACAGCCACAAUCACUGGUCGUUAGACAGUGGAACCCCACCAAUACGAUUACUUGUAAGUGGGACCGGAAUUUGUUGGAUCAAACUUGCAAAUAUCAGCCCGAAUUUUUAAUUCAAAUUUCGACCGACAGGUCGCACAAGCGCAGUUCAUGACAU